CGAGCUCUGAUUGGUCAAUUCCCGUAGGUUUCCCUCAGAACUGCAAGACGCCGAUAUUGCGUUACAUUGUAGCAAAAUGGCGGCUGUCAUUCAGAAUCCACUAAAAGCGUUGGGAGACCAGUUCUACAAGGACGCCAUAGAGCAGUGCCGCAGCUACAAUGCUCGCCUGUGUGCUGAACGCAGCGUCCGCCUACCAUUCCUGGACUCACAAACCGGUGUGGCCCAGAACAACUGCUACAUCUGGAUGGAACGACACCACCGCAGCCCCGGGGUCGAAGCCGGGCAGAUGUACACAUAUCCCGCCCGCUGCUGGAGAAAGAAGAGACGGCUGCACAACACCACGGAUCCCCGUCUGGGCAUCUAUGGUCUCAAGCUCGACAGCGUGAAGGACACCUUGCCCACCCAGAGCACCACGCUGGAGGCUCUGCUACGAGGAGAGGGUCUAGACAAGAGGAACAACUCUAAGAACGAUGAGGAGAGCCUGCUGGAGAUCCAGAGAGUUCUGGAGGCAGACGCAGCAGAAGAUGCUUUCAAUGAUGAUGACGACUAUGAGGUGGACACUCCCAAGAGGAGACAUCGGGGCAAAGGAAGAGGUCGGGGUUCAGGCCGCAGGAAGGCAGAUAUGGAGGACGACAAGCCAUAUGUCUGUGACAACAGAUACAAACAAAAGCAGAACUCAAAAUCUUCGGCCUCAGUCUGUGCGAAGCGCUACAGGAACCGUACAGGACUAAGCUACCACUACACCCAUUCCCACCUGGCAGAGGAGGGCAGAGCCGGAGAGAGAAGCUCAGUGGCGUCGAAAUCCCCCUCUGCACAACAGACUGACAGACACAAACGUCCAAAGGGUCCAGGUGGGACCAAUAUUUCCAACAACUACUGUAAUAAAUGCCAGGGCUCGAUCAAGAAAACGGGUAAAUCUGGAUCUCCCUACUCAACCUGCCAAUGCAAAACUGACCGUGGAGAAGAGAAGGAAGAUGGGACUUUUACUGGAGCAGAGGAGCUGUUCGGCACCACCUCGGAGAGCGACACCUCCACCUUUCACGGCUUUGAAGACGAUGAUCUGGAAGAGCCCGCCACAAACGGCAAUGGAAUAUCCAACCGACACAGAUAAAAAGAACCUUUUAGAUUCAAAGAAACAUUUUUUUAUAUGGAUUAACCUCUGGCAAAAAUCUGCUGCUUCUUUUUCAAUGUUUUUUUUGUUUGCAGAAAGCACAAAGUGAUCAUUUCAGGACAGAAAUGCAAGUGGUAUUUUAUCUACUGAACAUUGUUGAAUAAUUUAUGAACACCUUUUUAUAUAUAAAUAUAUAUAACUUUCAAGGCUAUGAAGUACAGUGUUUCUUGAGAAGUGACUCGGUCUCCAUGCAAAACAGAAGAAGGAGUGUUUUUUUUUCCCCGUCACUGGAGCAGGAGGAGCAUAAACGUUAUGAACAAAAAACACUGGAGAAAUUUGAACAAUAGAAAAUUUUAAAGGCAUAAAUGAUACAGUACGUUUGGAAGAUGAUUGAAUGUUAUUGCAUACCCAUUCUUAAACUACUGGGUGUUUUUGACUCAGUAGUCGGGUGCGACUAUGAAGGUCUCUGCUUCUGCUCUAACUCUGGAUUAAACUUGUAUGAAAAUGAAGGAACCAAUGAAAGAACUGCCACAGACCACUGGAAAUGUUUGAAAAUGAAGAAGCCUUUAAAUAUAGUCUUUACAGAUAAAGAGGACUAAAUAAAUGAAAGGAGCACUCAAGCACAUUGUCAUGUGGCCCACAGGUGGAGGUGACCAGUGAAGAAGAGGAUUUUACUCUGGAAAAACUAAUGAGCCUUCAUGUCCCUUCUGAUUUGAGCCUAAAAUAACUGACUGAAACGGAUCAACAGACAUCCACCACUUUAACAGGCCAUGUGGCUUAAUUGAAACAACUGCUCCCUUGAUGAUAUGUAUCGAUCCCUUCUGAACAUUUGAUAUGUGAGUAGAUCCAGCUUAAUUUCAUCCUUUCUGCACUGUGCUGGAGCUCCGCUGAGCUACGGGAACACUAAAGGCCAGGCCUUUGGACUGUUUGUGCCCCUCGGCCCAGCCUGCCCACUCCUGCUCUGUGACUGUGUGUCUGCCGUGUGAUCCGAUGUGACACUAAGACGUCAUAAUCCUCAUCACUGUGCCAGCCUGCCGCUCUGCACUGGAAACCAGCUCUGACAGCCAUGACCCCUCCAACCUGAUUGGACCAGUGACCCCUGACCCCAGCCAUAGACAUGGUGCUCAAAUCCACCACUAUACAUGCAGACCUCUGGACUACUGUAUUAAUACCCUGAUAUGGACGCAAAGGUUUUAUCUUUCUGCCUCUCUGUCUGUUUUUGCUCUGUAUUUCCUGAGCCUCUCUGAUCUCAUUCUAAAUUUGAAUGCGUUGCAGUAAUUUAGCUAAUUUUAUUUUCAUCUUUUCUCUGUUGUAUAAUAUUUCUAUGUUUUGAAAUCUUUAAAGUUUGAUUAGUAUGACUUCUUGGGUUUGUUCAGACUGUAUUAAUACCUCUGUUCUGAUCAGGUGCACAAUAGCCACAACUACUCAGGCAUCUUUCAUUUCCUUUGCUGUUGAUUGUUCAGCCCUGGUUCAUGUGAUUGUAUUCAGUUGGCAAGGAGGGACAAUAACGCCACAAAAGGAUACCAUUAUAAUCAACUCCCAAGAGGGAUUUGGGUUGUUGCAGUCUCAUUGUGUAGGAAAACAUUGCUAUAAUAAACUUCAACUUUGUCGGCUUUCCGUUUCAAAUCUACAGUCUCAGCAGAUUGUGACAGCAGUGGGAAUCAUCUCCGAUGCAUUUGAAAACAAUAUUGUUGCUAAAGAGACAUAACUCUACUCAGAUCCAUAUGCUUAGGGAUAAGUGAAAACUGUAUAUCCAAGUUAUGUGACAUUUCUGUUGAGUGCUUUAGAGGGCCUAAUUGCUUUAUGACAUUUAGAAGGUGCUUGCAGUACUGUAUCAAAAAGCAUUUUAGGGCGAUAGGUUGCACAUACUGUGUAAGAGGUCUGGGUCCUUCCAUGUGAUUAUAAAGUAUUGCUGCAAUGUAUUAUUAGCUGCUCCGUUUUUGAAGCUAACCAUUAAUCCUGUGUCUGGUAUGACUUAUAAAGCGUAAAUGCUUGUGCAUUCAAACCAUCUUUCUUCACUUCCCUCAGGGACCCUCCACACAACAGUUUCUCCAUUGGAGAAAGAAUGGAUCUGAGACUUCUCAAUUAUCUUGUCGUCUUCUCUUGUAUCAGUUAUUUGGUGUUUCCACAGUUAAAUGGGUCAUUGUGUCUUUUAUCUUCCAAAGUCAUGCCAGUAAGUGAAAGCAUGUGUUCCUCAAUCAUAACCUGCUUAAUGUUACCUACCGUAUAUGAACAGGCCUAGUGUGGUGCAGUUCUGAACAAAAGGAGACGCUCCUAAAUGCAAAAGUCAGUGAUGUCUGCUUCGACUUACCGUAUGUGUCACCAAUCAUUGAAUAGCCUGUAUACCUCGUCAAAGUCACAGCAAUAGGCCCUGAUAUUCUCUUGUCAAAGCCUGCUGGGGUUGGAGAGGGAGGAUAAGGGUGGGAACGGAGCCAGGAGGAGAUGAAAUGGACAUGACUGGGCAUUUGUUUCAUCUUCAGCUGUAAAUACAAAAUUGAAAUGGAGAGAAUGAAGAAGUCUUUGUUUGUUAAACAAUUUUUAUUGUUCUGAAAAAAUAAAGAAAACGAAUGAAUGGUAA